AUGGCCUCCCGAAUACUAUCACACAGCGACUAUACAGUGGCAUGGAUCUGCGCUUUGCCGCUGGAAACGGCAGCGGCGAAGGUCAUGUUGGAUGAGGUUCAUGCUUCACUGCCCCAGCCAGAAACCGAUCACAACGUCUACACUCUUGGAAACGUUAGCGGCCACAAUGUGGUGAUGGCAUGCCUACCAUCGGGUGUAUACGGAACGAUAUCUGCUUCAACUGUGGUGUCGCACAUGGUUUCUACCUACCCAAAUAUCCGAUUUGGAUUGAUGGUUGGCAUUGGAGGGGGAGUUCCCAGCAAAAGCGCUGACAUUCGCCUUGGUGAUGUUGUGGUUAGCAAGCCAACUGCCACCUCAGGCGGCGUUAUCCAGUAUGACUACGGCAAAACACUUCGUGGAGGACGUUUUCAGCGCACUGGAUCCCUCAAUAAACCUCCUCCAGUCUUGUUGAAGGCUGUGGCUCAAAUGGAGAGUGACUAUAUGACUGGAAAGAACCUAGUCAGCAAAAUCAUAGGCGAUGUACUGCAGAAAGAAGAAAUCAGGGGGAAGUUCUCACGACCAGAGUGCGACUGGCUGUUCCAAUGGACAUAUGACCAUAAGGGGAAGGAAGCAAACUGUUCAGCAUGUGAUCAGAAAGAGCUGGUAGACCGGCCUCCGCGAGCAACCAAUGAGCCUCUCAUCCAUUAUGGCUUGAUCGCUUCCGGAGGUCAGGUCAUAAAAGAUGCGAGGACUCGAAAUUUCAUUGCCCGAGACCUGGACAUUCUCUGCUUUGAAAUGGAAGCUGCCGGUCUCAUGGACGAACUCCCAUCUCUUGCCAUUCGAGGCAUCUGCGACUACUGUGAUUCCCACAAAAAUAAACAGUGGCAAGGAUAUGCCGCUCUUGCGGCUGCCGCCUAUGCGAAGGUCCUCCUGUCAGUGGUUCCCAUUUACCACCACGGCAAGGAAUUACGUGCAUCAAAGAAAUCAAUUUGGAUGGUCCCCUUUAGAAAGAACUCGCGAUUCGUGGGCCGGCAAGAAAAAAUCAGCAAAAUUGAAGGAUUGAUCAUGCAACAGGACGGUCCUGGCAGAAUUGCUAUCUGCGGACUGGGCGGAGUUGGAAAGACCCAAAUCGCACUUGAACUGGCAUACCGCAUGCGAAAUCGAGACCCUAAAUGCUCAAUCUUCUGGAUCUCAUGUACCACCUAUGAGAGCGUGGAGCAGACCUACAUGAGCAUCGCAUCAAAGCUAGGAAUGACUGACACAAAGCCGGCAGAGGUCAAAGAACAAGUCAAGGCUUAUCUUAGCCAGGAAAGCACGGCGAAAUGGCUCUUUAUUUUUGAUAACGCAGAUGAUUUGGAGAUGUGGACAAUGGCAGACUUUCUGCCUGAGAGCGAGCGAGGCCACAUUCUCUUCACCACCCGAAGCCGGCAGAUAGCCGUGAAACUGGCGUCAUCUGAUGUGAUAAUGAUCCCUGAACCGGACACAGAGACUGCUGUUGAAAUUUUACGAAAUUCACUGAUGAAGAAAGACUUGCUAAAUGAUCGUGAGGCAGCCAUUGCUCUCCUUAACGAGCUCACCUGCCUUCCCCUGGCAAUCACCCAGGCGGCAGCAUUUAUCAAUGUCAACGAAAUUAGACUUUCUGAAUACACCACACUUUUGCAAGAGAAUGAGCCGGAUGUGAUUGAGUUUCUGAGUGAAGACUUUGGGGACGAGGGGCGGUACAAAGAUAUCCAGAACCCUGUCGCAACGACCUGGUGGAUUUCAUUCCAACAGAUCCAGCAACUGAAUCAAACAGCAAUUGACUAUCUAUUCUUCAUGGCCUGCAUCAAUCCCCGCCACAUUCCGCGGUCCUUGCUACCCCAGACGAUAUCGAAAAAGAAAACUAUCGAUGCCAUUGGCCUCCUCAAGGCCUUUUCCUUUGUAAAUGAGGAGGGUGGAGACUGUCCUCUGAAUCUUCACCGACUCGUCCAUCUUGCAACCCGGAACUGGAUGAGGGAGAACCAACAGUUCAGCCAGCAGAUCUUAAAAACAGCUGAUCGAUUGAGUGAAGCCUUUCCAAUCGCUGACGAUACCAAUCGGAAGCUGUGGCGCCAAUAUCUACCUCAUGUUCUUUCAUUAGUCGGAGAAGUUGAAUUUCGACAGGAGCAGGAGAAAUACACUGAUAUGCUUCUGAAGAUUGGGAAUUGCCUUUACUGGGAUGGAAGAUAUAAGGCAGCAGAAGAUCAGUUUUUGCAGGUACUAAACAUCCAGAAACAAGUGCUGGGGCCAGAGCAUCCGGACACUCUGACUGGCAUGGCCAGCUUGGCAUUAACAUACUCACAUCAGGGACGAUGGAAGGAAGCAGAGGAGCUAGAGAUAAAGGUAAUGCGCAAACAGGAGCUAGGGCCAGAGCAUCCUGACACUCUGGCCAGCAUGGCCAUGUUAGCAUUAAUAUAUCAGGAACAGGGACGAUGGAAGGAAGCAGAGGUGCUAAAGAUACAAGUGUUAGAGAUGCGCAAACAGGUGCUGGGGCCAGAGCAUCCGGACACUCUCACUAGCAUGGCCAGCUUGGCAUUGGCAUACUGGAGUCAGGGACGAUGGAAGGAAGCAGAGGACCUAGACAUGGAAGUGCUGAAGAUGCGUAAGCAGGUACUGGGGCCAGAGCAUCCUGGCACUCUGAGCAGCAUGGACGACCUGGCUAUCACCUGGAAAUCCCAAGGGAAAAUUCAAGCUGCAUUGGCUCUAAUGGAGCAAUGUAUCGCGCUACAGAACAAAGUCUUAGGACCCGACCAUCCAGAUGCCUUGUCCUCCUCUCGCACCCUCAGGAAGUGGACAGAAGUGGACCACCCCUUAUUGAACCAUCACGAGCUGCGACCUGAUGAACAUCCCGAGGCAAUCUCAGCUGCUGUGGUUGCCACUGAGCCAGAUAACGAAGAACAUAUUGAACGCACGGAGCCAUACCAAAGUCAAAUAGGCUUGGCAACGCCUGCAGAACGGUUCCUUGAAAGACAUCCUCUCCUCAUGGCUUCCAGAAGCAUUUCACCUGUGCCAGGAACUCAUGACUUGGAAGACGUUGAUUGA